CUGCCGAAUGUCGAUGACUUCAAGGUGGUCGGAAUAAAUAAUCAUGCGACCUUCCACGGCUUUGGUGCUCUGUGCUGCAGCCGUUGGGCUAACGCAUGCUCACGCUGGUCAUGACCAUGUAGAGGAUACCACCGAGCCAUUCAUUGGUUGGACCAAGGAAGACCUGGAUGCCAAAUGGGGGACAGAUUGGGGAUUCAGCGGCAUCUCAACCUUUGCCCACCUCCAACACGAGCGCUGUCUCCAACACCCGGAAGUGGAAUACGACAUCGCCAUCCUCGGAGUCCCGUUCGACACCGCCGUCACCUACCGCCCAGGCGCCCGGUUCGGCCCACGAGCAAUCCGCGCAGCGUCCGCACGACAGACCAGCUUUCGAGCCUACAAUCCUCGAGCGGGGGUCAAUCCUUACUUGGAAUGGGCCAAAAUCAUCGAUUGCGGCGACAUUCCCGUCACUCCUUUCGACAACACUUUGGCGCUGCGACAGAUGACGGAGGCGUAUACCAAUCUCGCGCACAGCUCGCCUUCUGCGGCGAACAAGGACUCUCCUGUAAAGUAUCGACGGACGCCUAAAUUGUUCACUCUAGGCGGAGAUCAUUCCAUUGCGCUCCCGACACUACGCGCGUUAAACAAAAUCUACGGCGAAGUUGCGGUCGUGCACUUCGACGCUCACCUCGACACCUGGCACCCGGCCAAAUACCCCUCCGCAUGGGUCGACAAAGACGACCCGUUCCCCGUCUCCUUCUUCACACACGGCACCAUGUUCUGGAUCGCACACAACGAAAGUCUGAUUCAAAAAGGCAAAUCCGUGCACGGCGGACUCCGCACCCGACUGACAGGGAUCGAAGACAACGAAGACGACGACGCGCAAGGCUGGCUGCGCUUCACAGCAGACGACAUCGACGAUCUUGGCGUCGCGACGAUGGCGCGCAGGAUCGUGGAGCAUGUCGGCACCGAGACGCCGGUGUACUUGUCGAUUGAUAUUGAUGUUAUUGAUCCCGGGUUGGCGCCGGGGACGGGCACGCCGGAGCCCGGGGGGUGGACGACGAGGGAGUUGAUAAGGGUGUUGAGGGGGAUUGAGAGUUUGAAUGUGGUGGGGGCGGAUGUUGUCGAGGUUUCGCCGAGUUAUGAUGGGGCGGGGGAGGUGACUGCUCUUGCGGCGGCGCAGGUUGCGUUUGAGGUGUUGACGAGUAUGGUUAAGCGGGGGAUGGAUGAGGGUGGGAAGGCGGGCGGUGCGGGUGUUGUUCGAGACGAGCUGUAGACGAUAGUAUGCAAACGCCGUAUUUCUCAG